UGAAAACCGGUCAAGCGACACGGUUUCUUUCACGGUGAGCCGACGUCUAUGUAAUCGAGUCUUCUGUGCAUCGUUUACACACGACGAGGAUGAGAGCGGAGUGACCACCAAAGGAAAUUAACGUUAUUAUUUGGAUUCUAAAACCAUUCUAUAAAAUGGGGGAAAUCUGGAAUUUACAAGCAAGAUGCCCGGAUGCAGCAUCAUGAGCAGCAAGCAAAAAUGGACGAAAUUUGUGUAUUGUAGCGAGAAAUUAAUCGGACUUUCCCCUCCAAAUUAAGCCAACAAUGGCCUCUCAAGGCCCAGGAGGGAAUUAUGAGCGGGACCACAGUAACCCAGCUCUGCCAAGUCUGCCACAGAAUCAGCCGCAGGAAUUGCACGCUGGGGGCCAAGGUUUGGGACAGGGGCCAGGGUCGGGCCCGCUACAGCCAGCCUCGCCCACCACACCAAAGAGUCAGGGGAGUGGAGUCACUCAGAUCACUCCCAUACCAGGGGACAAGAAGCCACUUAGCCCUGCCUGGAACGUGGCACUCGGUGCUGCCACAACAGCCGCUGCCACAAUGACACGCAAACGCGCCAACGCACGCAAACAGCAGAACCAAAAUGUCAGACCGCAACGUGCUUUGUUCUGUUUGAACUUACAAAAUCCUAUACGAAAGCUAUGUAUUAGAGUUGUGGAAUGGAGGCCUUUUGAAUACCUGAUUCUGCUGACAAUUUUUGCCAACUGUGUAGCAUUAGCUAUUUACACUCCAUAUCCGGAAUCAGACUCCAAUGAAGUCAAUUUGGCAUUGGAAAAUGUGGAGUACAUCUUUUUGGUGAUCUUCACACUAGAGGCAGUCAUGAAGAUAAUUGCGUAUGGUUUUGCCCUCCAUGCUGGUGCUUAUCUACGUAAUGGAUGGAAUAUUCUAGAUUUUAUCAUCGUAGUCAUUGGUAUUAUUAGUACAAUUCUCAGUUGGUUAAACAUUCAUGGGUUCGAUGUCAAAGCCCUCCGAGCAUUUAGGGUCUUGCGACCUUUGCGAUUGGUGUCGAGGGCCCCUAGUUUACAAGUGGUUCUAAAUGCCAUCCUGCGUGCAAUGGUGCCUUUGCUACAUAUCGCCCUACUUGUCAUAUUUGUUAUCAUCAUAUAUGCUAUCAUAGGCUUGGAGCUCUUCUCAGGGACAUUGCAUUCUACCUGUUUUGAUAGAGAUUCAGGUAACAUAGCAUUUGAAACCCCUCACCCCUGUUCUGCGGACGGUAAGGGGUUCCAGUGUGAUAAUGCCACCCAGGAGUGUCGCAAGUACUGGGCGGGGCCAAAUGAUGGCAUUACAAACUUUGAUAACUUUGGUCUGGCCAUGUUAACUGUGUUCCAGUGUAUAACAUUAGAGGGCUGGACUGAUGUAAUGUAUGAUAUCAACGAUGCAGUGGGCAACGCAUGGCCGUGGACAUACUUCAUCACAUUAAUCAUCAUAGGAUCUUUUUUUGUACUUAACUUAGUUUUAGGUGUUCUCAGUGGUGAAUUUUCUAAGGAAAGAGAAAAAGCCAAAUCUAGGGGUGAUUUUAAGAAGCUUCGUGAAAAGCAGCAGAUGGAGGAGGACCUGCGUGGAUACAUGGACUGGAUCACGCAGGCCGAGGACAUCGACCCCGAGAAUGAGGAGGAGAGAGAGGAAGGUGCUACUCCCCGUCACAAAAACCAUAGUGAUACAGCGUCUGUAAAAACAGAAGAUGUGGAAAAUGGUGAAAUAGUGCAGUCUUGGUGGCAAAACAAAAGUCGACAUUUACGUAAAUGGAAUCGGCGGUGCAGAAGACUGUGUAGAAAGCUAGUAAAAUCCAAUGCCUUUUAUUGGCUUGUGAUAGUAGUGGUGUUCUUAAAUACAUGUGUUCUAACGUCAGAGCAUUAUCAACAACCAAAGUGGUUAAACGACUUCCAAGCUGUGGCCAACUUCUUUUUUGUGGUUUUGUUUUUCUUUGAGAUGUUGUUAAAGAUGUACAGUCUAGGCUUCCAAGGUUACUUUGUGUCUUUGUUUAACCGCUUUGACUGUUUUGUGGUGGUGUGUAGUAUAGUGGAGGUGAUCCUCAUGGUCACCGAUGUCAUGCCACCGCUGGGCGUCAGUGUGCUCAGGUGUGCCAGACUUCUACGUGUGUUCAAGGCAACCAGAUACUGGUCGUCGCUGCGUAACCUUGUGGCUUCCUUGUUGAACAGUAUGAGGUCUAUUGCCAGUUUGUUGUUACUGCUCUUCCUGUUCAUCGUCAUAUUUGCCUUACUCGGGAUGCAGCUGUUUGGUGGGAGAUUCAACUUUGACGAGGAUAAACCCCGUAGCAAUUUUGAUACAUUUUGGCAGUCCCUACUUACUGUGUUCCAGAUUUUGACGGGUGAGGAUUGGAACGUGGUGAUGUAUGACGGAAUCCGAUCCUACGGUGGUGUCAACCAGUUUGGUGUGAUUGUGUGUCUGUACUUUGUGUUUUUAUUCAUCGGUGGUAACUAUAUCUUACUAAAUGUCUUCUUGGCUAUCGCCGUUGAUAACUUAGCCGAUGCCCAAAGUUUGACUGAAAUUGAGGCUGAAAUGGAGGAGGAAAAGCAGCGAUUACGUUCUAUAAGGUCAAAAAGUAGGACUCCGGAAGGUGGAGAGAAAGAAAAGCAGACGGAGGAGGACGAGGGAGUCGGGAUGAAUGAAGAUGGUGCUGUUGAAACUGACGAAGAUGGCUUCCCACAGAAAUUGUCUCGAAAUCCAAGCAACAGGUCCAAACGCUCCACCAGGAGGGAAGGAAGUCCCACCACAGAACACCAUGUCCGGAUAGACCUGGACAAAAAGGAAGGCGAUGAGCAGGGAGAAUACAGAGACUCCAAGCAGAUCCCUAUAGACGAUGUGUUGUGUCAAUUUACAGAAGAGGAUGAGGAAGAGAACGAUGGUGAGGUGACGGAGGAAGACGAUGAGAUAGAUGAAGAUGAGGAAUCGGCACAGACAGCCUCAGCGCGCCCUCGUCGUAUCUCUGAGCUUCACAUCCCCGACAAAAAGAAGUCCAUACCAAAGACCAGAUCACUAUUUAUAUUCCAUCAUACUAACAAGUUCCGUGUAAUUUGCCACACCAUAGUGAAUCACUCCUACUUCAGUAAUGUUGUGUUGGCCUGUAUCCUCAUCAGUAGUGCCAUGUUGGCCGCAGAGGACCCGCUCCACACCUUGUCUGAGCGUAACAAGAUUUUAAAUUAUUUUGACUACUUCUUCACAUCUGUCUUCACUGUUGAAAUCUUCAUUAAGAUCAUCACAUACGGCCUCAUCCUACACACUGGAUCCUUCUGUAGAAGUUUCUUCAACAUCCUUGAUCUGAUCGUCGUGGCUGUGUCACUAGUAUCCUUCGUGCUUGACAACCAGGCAAUCUCUGUAGUGAAGAUUCUCAGAGUGUUAAGGGUACUGCGUCCCCUCAGGGCCAUCAACAGGGCAAAGGGUCUCAAGCAUGUGGUACAAUGUGUGAUUGUGGCUGUGAAAACCAUCUACAACAUCAUGUUGGUCACAUUCCUCCUCAACUUCAUGUUCGCUGUCAUCGGUGUACAGCUCUUCAAGGGCAAGUUCCACCAUUGUACAGACAACUCCAAAUUAACAGAGGGAGAGUGCAAGGGCUGGUAUGUGGACUACCCAGAUGGGGACAUACACAACCCAGAUAAAAAGGAACGAGAAUGGGGCAACAACGAUCUCAACUUUGAUGAUGUCACCAGUGCCAUGUUGACAUUGUUCACAGUGGCGACGUUUGAAGGAUGGCCAAACUUGCUGUAUAUAGCUAUCGACUCCAAUGAUGAUGAAGGUCUGGGUCCCAAGUACAACAACCAGCCUGGAGUCGCCAUUUUCUUUUUCAUUUUUAUCAUCGUUAUUGCAUUUUUCAUGGUCAACAUCUUUGUAGGUUUUGUCAUUGUCACAUUUCAGAAUGAGGGAGAGCAAGAGUAUAAAAACUGUGAAUUAGAUAAAAACCAGCGUAAGUGUAUAGAAUUUGCACUGAAAGCCAAACCUAUACGACGCUAUAUACCAAAGGCAAGGUGGCAAUACAAAAUAUGGUGGUUUGUCACAUCUCAAGCAUUUGAAUAUGCCAUAUUUAUACUCAUCAUGUUCAACACUGUCAUCUUAGCUAUGAGGCAUUACGGUCAGCCAGAUUCCUACUCCAAGGCUCUGGACUAUCUAAACAUGAUCUUCACUGGAGUCUUCACAGUGGAGUUCAUCCUCAAACUCAUGGCCUUUAGGUUUAAAAACUAUUUUGGAGAUGCGUGGAACGUGUUUGAUUUCAUCAUUGUUUUAGGAAGUUUUAUAGAUAUCAUCUACACAGAAGUCAAUACAUUAGACACGCCUGGACAAGGAAUAAUCAGUAUAAACUUCUUCCGACUGUUCCGAGUUAUGAGGCUGGUGAAACUACUAAGUCGAGGAGAAGGCAUCCGAACGUUACUCUGGACGUUUAUAAAGUCCUUCCAGGCUUUGCCCUAUGUAGCACUGCUGAUUGUUAUGUUGUUCUUCAUCUAUGCAGUAAUCGGUAUGCAGAUGUUUGGUAAGAUUGCUAAAAAUUCUGAUACUCAAAUCCACCGAAACAACAAUUUCCAAACGUUUCCACAAGGAGUUUUAGUCUUAUUUAGGUCUGCUACUGGUGAGGCGUGGCAGAAUAUCAUGUUGUCAUGUAUAGACAAAUCGUCAGCCAGAUGUGAUCCUGACGGUACACCACCACCUCUUCCCGACGCCACAUGUGGCAACAACUUCGCAUACUUCUACUUCAUCUCAUUCUAUAUCUUAUGUUCCUUCUUGAUCAUCAACUUGUUUGUGGCUGUCAUCAUGGACAACUUUGACUAUUUAACUCGAGAUUGGUCUAUAUUGGGGCCCCACCAUCUCGACGAAUUUGUUAGACUAUGGUCAGAAUAUGAUCCAGAGGCAAAAGGACGAAUCAAACAUUUAGAUGUAGUUACAUUGCUGAGGAAAAUAUCCCCACCUCUUGGUUUUGGUAAACUAUGUCCACAUCGAGUAGCGUGUAAGAGAUUAGUCAGUAUGAACAUGCCGUUGAAUAGUGACGGAACGGUCAUGUUCAAUGCUACAUUAUUUGCUUUGGUGCGGACGUCACUAAAAAUUCAAACAGAGGGUAAUAUAGACCAAUGCAAUGAAGAAUUACGAGCCGUUAUCAAAAAGAUUUGGAAACGCACAACACCCAAGUUACUAGACCAAGUAGUACCACCGGCCGGCCGUGAUGACGAUGUCACUGUAGGAAAAUUCUAUGCAACAUUUCUUAUCCAAGAUUACUUCCGUCGGUUCAAGAAAAGGAAAGAACAGAUGCAGAAGAUCCAGAAAGGACAAGAGCACACUAAUGCUCUCCAGACCUUGGUACAGGCUGGCUUGCGAGCAGUGCACGACCUGGGGCCAGAACUGCGCCGCGCAAUCUCUGGAAACCUUGAAGAGGAAGAAUUUCCCGAAAAGGAAGUGGAGGAACCAAUGCAUAGGAGAAACCACAGUUUGUUUGGGAGCAUGAUGAAUGCUUUGGCUGGUGUUCAUAAAACCACACUUCCAUUUGCGGGACGGACUCAGUCACUUCUCAUUAACCAUAAAGAACAGCCUAAAGUGUCCCCAGCUAAUUCAGUCCACGGUCCCCAUACCGCUAUCUCACCACAGAACUCUGUCAACGGCAAGGUCACACCAGCAGAGUCCAGUAACCACCUCAAUGUGGAGUACCGCAAUGCUGUCAAUCGGUCGCCAUCGCCUCUGGCACCGGUCCGAGUGUCUCCUGCCAUGUCCAAUGACUCACGCCGACAGAGCCACACCAGUGCUAUCGCUAUUGCCUCCAUUGCCUCUGAUUUAAUGAAAGAGGUUAAGCAACAUAAAGAACGUUCACCCAACCGAAGCCCUCGACCAAGUUCGCUCACCCACGACUCCGAGGAUUCAGAAGCCACGCCCACCCAGUGGGAAGGCUCAAACGAUGUCAAGUACAGCGAACAUAAGGGCAACAGUAUCCAUGUUGGUCCUGCUGAUUCCACAAAGAGGCAGGGCAUAUAUGUGUACAGGGAUCUUCCACAAGAGGACAGUGAUUAUGAGCGAGAAAAUGCACCCCCUACCCCUCCCCCUCGCAGACUGAGUCGACGUGGUCCCUCACUACGUCUAGCCUGUAUAGGAAAACAAGAAAGUGACGAAAACCCACUCAUGAGAAAGAUAGCAGAGCCACUCAAGCUGGCCCAGUCACAGGCAAUGGCUGUGGCGGGAAUGACCCCUGAAGGUCAACAGAGGCCAGAAUACCCUAAGGUGAAGCGAACUCCGUCCCCUAAUCUGGGACGGAACCGUGCAUCCUACCUCGCCACAGGUCUAGAGUUCUUCAACAGUGUCAAACGAAGAGUAAAUAGGAGAUGGACAGGACAAAAUCUGGACUCUCCCCGGCAGCAAGUGCACCGUGCUAGUGACUCUGCACUCCAACAGGAUUCCCAAGUAGGACCAUACUCCCGAACUGAGGAGAGAGGGCCUCUCAUAAUUCCCGAUCAUGUGAUGUCUCAACAGAGAACAAUCUCACCACGGCAUGGUGGUAGAGCAGAAAAUCUCGUAGAAAAGGUUCUAGCAGAGGAGGGCCUUCACCAGUAUGUAGAUGCUCGUACAUUACAACGUGAAAUAGCUGAGGCUAAUGACAUGACGCAGGAGGAGCUUGAGCGUGCAGCACGCAUGUUGGCCCAGCACCCACACUAUGAACACCUCGGGGGUUACAAACCCGAGGAAAUGAGAGACUAUAAUCAGUAUUCAGACGCGGGAGAAUUCGCCCGUAGACGGACAGAUAAAUAUGACGAACCCAGUGAAGAACAAACGGCCAGAAGAAACCACUCCUCCGACCGAUACUAUAAAUGACAGUGAAAGUGAGUAGAUUUGUAAGUAAGACUGCCCAGCUGAUUGGGCGUAUCCCUGUUAGACAGGCGGGUGGGAGUCUGGUUGGAAGCCUGUAGCUGAUGUUACAGCCUACUAUGUCACCUACCGUCAUGUUAACACAAGGUCACGAGACCAAGGUCAAAGCACACUGAGAGAUUAUCAGCAGCUCACCUCCAUUUCUUUGUGACGAGCAUAAUCCACCAAUGGAGGAGUAGGUCGGAUAUGGUGCUUGGGAACAAGUGUGCUGCGUUUCCAUGGUUACUGUGUAAGACGUGGCAUUCUGCGACAGCCUCACUUUGGUAGUGGUGGCAGGUUUCCCCCUGGCUUGUGGCUUGUGUGUCCUGUCCCUGAAGUGUUUUUACAAGCCAGACGACAAGUACUGAAGAGACACACUUUGUGUGAAUGAUGGACGCACUUUCAGUGUGAAUAAUAACUGUGUUAUAAAUGUAAAGGAUAGACACAAGUUUUGUGUAAACAAUUGACACAUUUCAUGUGAAAGGUGGUCGCAUGUUUUAACAGUUGUACCAUCAUAGACGGAAUCAAAUAUUCUGAACAACAGCAUCAAAAUAUGGUUGUUAACUUUCUUAUUUAUUCCUAUUUGUUUUGGAAGGUCAUUGUUUGAAGCAUUGUGAGAGUGACAGUUUAGAUUGGUUGACUAUUUCUUUUUUCUUCCGUAUUUCUUUAUUUUAUUAUUAUUAUUUUUUUGACGAAAUCUGUCUGUUGAUAACCCGCUGUUUUGUGUUGUGACGGUAUCACAUGGGUCCUCACACCUUAUCGUCUACUGUGAUAAUUUGGAGACAGCCAGUCCAAUGUCAAGGUCAACCAGUCCAAGGUCAAAGGUUAGCCAAUCGCCAGGUCAGAGGUAUCAUACGCAGAUUUUAUUGUUGAUGAUCCUACUUAUCUACACGUUAUGGGACUGACCCGUAGCACACGAUUGUGUAACUUUACGUAAAUAGUGUCUUGGUGUCUAACUGUGAAUUCAGUUAAGUAGCAUUUUCAUUGUAGCUUUAUAAACGGGCCUAAAUCAAAACGCCAUUGAAACUGUCCAUUACCCACAGUGUGAUAGAACCUACAGGAUGCGCUGGACUGAGUCCAGAUGAAAUGUCCUAAAUGUACCCGCGGAGAUUCUCCUGUGCUCGUCAUGGCUCAUUGCCUUCUGCUUCUGGAACAUCGGAGGAGUGCCAUAAAGCUAGAAUUGUUAGAUCUCAUAUUUGUUUUAAGUAUGAAGAGCUUGUAGCUGCAAUAUCUCUCAUGUACUGUACUGUGAAAUUUCCAUUGCUUUCUUGUUUGAUAUGUAGAUUACACAAAUUAUAUGUACAUAGAAUAUUUAUAUAAUCAGGAAAAAUCACCUAUAUUAAAGGAAAUCUGAAGAUUUAAAUGUAUUCAGAGAGUUAUGACACAAUUUAGAGACACAUUUGCAUUAAAGGUGGAAACACAACUCUUUACUGUUUCAAUUACUUUAAAGUUUAUUGUGGUUAUGAAGUAAGAUUUUGUAUUAUAAAAUUUUAUCUGUAUAUUUAUCUCAUAUUUGAUAUUUUGUAUGGAAUGUAAGUGAUCAAGUGAUUCUAGAUCACAAUGUGAUGUAUUAAAAUCUCUGCACCCUUUAAUUUAACUCUGACCCGUAAUUAUUUAAAUUUUAAAGUUUAGUCCUGACUUAUCAUCAUGCUGUAGACCUAAGUAUAGAUUUUAAAAGACCAAAGAAGGAUACAUGCUUGAAACUGCCAUUGUUACCAAGACCAUAUUACCUACGUAUGGAAUGCCAUGGAAGGCUUACUGCAAGUCUAAGUAGAAGGUUAUGAUAAUCACAUUCCAAAGUCAUUAUAAAGCUUUUAAUUUAUUUAUCCUUGUUUUAAAAAGAAUCUCUUAAUUGUUUAAUUUAUCAUUUUAUAUAAGUAUUUAUAAAGAUAGCAUUUUCAUCAGGGGAGAAUGAGGUUAUCGUAAUAGCUUAAAAUUGCUACACUUCAGUCAACGUUGUUGUUUGUGAGUGGGAAUUGACACAACAGUGCUGUUUUACAAUUUAGCUCAAAAUCAAGAUGGACAUUUACAUGGUAAUUUUAGUAGUUAUCUUCCAUGUAAUCAGUAACUAAAACUAAUGUAACACAAAUUUAUCUUGAUAUUAGUAAAUACCUAAGACAACAUUUUAUGAUGAAAAGCUCUUUGUCCAUGGCAUCAUAUGAGAAUAUCUCCCCCAUGUUCAAAAACAUUUUUUGCUUAUACACUGCCCAGCAACUUGUGUGUUCAGAGAUUUUUAUAGUACAGAUAUUUCCUGAUCGUGAUGUUUUGGUUGUGUAGAAAAUAGUUUCUGUUUUUGUUGUAAUGUUUUUACAAAGAUAGGUUUUUUUCUGUUGUGUUUUGCCCCUCAAUUUGCUCAAAGGUUGUAAGGAUAUGUAAUUUAUAUACAUGUAGUGUAUUUUGUGUGUAGUGGUCUGUCUGGGUGACAUCAGUUUAUUGUAUUGUUUUUACAUGUUCAGUACAUUGUUUUAGUUUUAAUUUAAGCAUAAUCAAGUAACUAUUGAGUUUUCCCCCUGAAUACCAAAUAGCACUGUAGCAUAUAUUUCUCUAGCCAUUAAAAUGAGGCAUUUGGGAGACAUGACCAGUUACUACAAUUGUUAGGUGUCGUGUUAGAAUGUCAUCAGAUAGAUUAUAGUGCAUGUAAUUUGAAUAUAUAAUUUAUGGAUUGGUACAAAGAAGAAAACUACAAAUUAAUUAAUGUUAUCAAGAAAGAAACUUUGGUAGCCAUGACCUAUGCAUUACAUGUCUUUUCCCUAGCGUUUCCUUAGGUUGGUCCGUGAUAUUGAUGCGUGUUAAAAUGGGGCCACAUUGCGGUGUGGCCAUGUUAUCUGUGACUUUGUGAGAGGUUGUGUACAUGUGGUAUAGCUGGGGGACUGUAUGCAUCUCUGUCAAACAUGUAAAUACUGUACCUUAUCAGUAUCAUCACUUCAUUAUCCAUCAAUCAUGUUUGUUACCGCUUUACUCAUGUUUUUAUAACAUACCAUAUGGUAUGACGGUGCUUGUGUGGCCUCAUUACUGUAACUCACAUCAUCUCUGUAGAUACAUUCUGGUGUGCCACAUUUGUUUGAGGAUAAAGAGGCACCCUGGAGUGCUGCAUAUCUGUAGAAGGCUGGUUGAUCAGUUGUACCACAUUUUGUCUGUAGAUAGAGAGUGUCCUUCAUCUGUGUAGAAAGCAGGUCGAUUGUACCACAUUUUGUCUGUAGACAGAGAGCGUCCUUCAUCUGUGUAGAAAGCAGGUUGAUCAGUUGUACCACAUUUUGUCUGUAGAUAGAGAGCGUCCUUCAUCUGUGUAGAAAGCAGGCUGAUUGUACCACAUUUUGUCUGUAGACAGAGAGUGUCCUUCAUCUGUAUAGAAAGCAGGCUGAUCAGUUGUACCACAUUUUGUCUGUAGAAAGAAGAGUGUUUUUUCAUCUGUUUAGAAAUUGGGCUACUCCAGUGCCCCACAUCGGUUGGUUGAAGGGUAGCCUUGACUGCUACUUGAUAUAGGAAGUGUGGUGCUGAGGGGUUCCAAUAGGUAGCUUUACUUGUACUGUAGAAUUUCUGUGUAAGAGCAGCAUUCACUCCUUUUUCUAAUCAAUACACUUAUUUUCCUACUCUAAAUACAUUUUAUCUAUCAUGUUUUCCAAAAUAUAAUUAUUUUAGUUCUUGCCAAAACAUUUUUUUCUGAGAAAUAUCUCGGGAGUUACCUAUGAUUCAUCAAAGUAUUUAAGAGGUUGAAAUCUUGUGAGGGAUACAUUUCAGUAAGCCUGUAUUUUGUAUAAAUAUACAUGUAUUUGGUUACCUCCCCAUUUGAUAAUAUCAACCUUAAAGUCAUUGUAUUAUAUCAUAGAAUGUUUGCAUUUUUAUCCUUGUUUUGUAACUUGCCACAGUUGUGUCAAGAUCCUUACAAGUUCAUUCCAUUGCCUAUGUAUAUAUAUUAUAUAUAUAUUGAUAAAAUGUCAACCUAGCGUGGCUGGCCUGUAGUGAUACCCAAACUCUUGGGUAUGUUGUUGUCAUGGUUACCUGUCAAUACCAUGACAACACGUAGUGGCCAAGAUAAUCUGCGUUGCGAGUCACUCCUUGGCCAUAGAGGGAGACAUGACAAAUGUGACGAGUAUGAAUCUACAAAUUUCCCUUGCUGUGAUACUCACUGUUGUUACCAAGCGAGUCUCACAGGACCAAAAAAGCCACGUUUUUUUUUAUGUAUUGAUAUCUCCAUAAUUUACCAUUUUUAAAGCCCAAAGCUCAGUUGUUUACAAAAGGUGUGCAUGUGUCUGUGUGUGUUUAGACUACUGAGAAGUAAUGUGAGGUUAAUAUACACAUUUCAUAAUAUUAUAGUAAUUUUUCCCAUAUGGAAACAUUUAUUAAAUUUGUACAUGUGAAAACCAAUGCUUUCCAACCUCUUCUUUCCAGUAAAUUUGAAUGUAUUUGACCUAGUGCUGUAGGCAAGGAGAUUUAAAUCAAAAUGUUUUCUUUGAAUUUCUGAGGUGUAUAUGUUUUUUUUUAUUAUUAUUAUUAUUAUCAUUCAAUGUUAUACUCAAAAACAGAUAACUAUUGAGAGUUUUACUAAGAUAUUUCCGUUUUAGUAUAGCCAACAUCUCUAUACUAUUGUGGUGUCCUUUUUCUGCAGGCCUUCUGCACAUCUGUGUAGAGAUAGCUGGCUUACUAGUAAUCAAUUAUACCCAUCAUAUACAGACCAUGCGACAUUGUCCCGCCCAUUGAAUAACUAUACACUGCCAAGAUUACUACUUAUAACAUAAAAAUACCUUAAAUAUUUUUCUCCCAAGUAUGUGCCUAUUUGCUAUUUUGGUAUUUUUCUUGAUGUUUUCCCCCGGAUAUGUAGUUACAUGUGGUGUCCUCUGAUAAGGACGUCUUUAUUCCGCAGCAGUAAGGUUCUUGUCAACGUUUAUUUUUUACCAAUUUGUGGUUUUCUAUAUGAAUUAUUCCUCAACAUCAAACACUACUAACAAAAAAAAAUUGUGAACAAAUUUCCACAAUAUAUUUUACACACGGAAUUAUUAUGUACUGUAUGUUGAAAAAUCUCUCAUCAGUGUUUUACAUAUUUAAUCACCUAAAUAUCACCAAUUGUCUUUUUAAAAGGGAAAACACCAGAGAAAUACCAGGUUAUUGUUUAAUCAUCGUUUAGGCAUGUCAUAUACACAAGUAAGCAAUAUUUUGGCAACUUCAAUCUGGAUAUGUUUAUUUAAAUUUGUUUUUUUGUCUAAGCCAGAUCCAGAUUGUAAAAUAACUACAACUAUCUCACCAUGUUUUAUAUCAAUGAGGAAUUAAAUGGUUUUUUAAUAAUCAAGAUGGGGAUUUUCAGGGUUUUGUCUUUUUUUUUUCUUCUUCUUUAUGGACGAGUGCUUUCCCACACAAAAGAUGGUGGAAGUUUGUGAAUGGUUGGAUGGUUAUACAAGAAAUUUCCAUGGUACAUUUUAUAUUCAGGGGUAAUAUAUUUUUACCAAAAGUGUGUGAUUGUAUGGAAUGUAAAAUCGUAAAGCCAAAAAACGUAUGACCCCCCCACCCCCACCCCACUCCCCUAAAUUUUCCCUCAAAUAUUAACAGGUGUAGGACAGUGAUACCAUUACACAUCCUUCAUGUACAAAACCAUUUUGCAAGGAAUGUUAAUAUGUGCAAUAAAUUAUAAUAUUUACUACCAAA